AUGGCCGGCCUUCUCGACAUGGACACGCCUGUGGUGCUCACUAACGCUGCUCCUUCUAACGAGGACGUCAGCGCUGUCUCCGCCUUCGUCUCCAGCCUCAAUGUUAACGAGACCAACUCUGGCCCCGCGGUGCCUGUGGGGGGAGAUGCGUCAGGACUAGCGCAUAUCCUGGGCAUUGGGACGGCCAACCCGGACAGGAAGGUCACACAAGCGGAAUUUCAUGAGAAGUUUGUCACAACGCUGCCGUUCCCGGAUAAGAAGACCGAGGACCUGUCCAAGCGAAUCAUUGAGAACUGUGGCAUCAAGACGCGCCACCUGGUGCACGACAGCGACAUCUUCAACACCUACGACUCCAUCGCCGCCUUCGGUUCGCCCUCCCUCGACACGCGGCUCAAGCUCUGGCUCGAGCCGGCUGUUGCCCUGGGCAAGGCGGCCAGUGAGAGGGCCAUCAGCGACUGGGGAGGUGACCGCAAGGACAUCACGCACGUCAUCACCUUCUCCACCUCCGGCAUUCACUGCCCUGGCUUGGACAUGUGUCUGAUCAAGCAGAUGGGGCUCCCCCAGUCCACGAAGCACCUGUACGUGAGCUACAUGGGGUGCCAUGCAGGCGUCAUCGGGCUGCGCACUGCUGCUGAGAUCGCUGCAGGGGACCCGUCGCACCGCGUGCUCGUGGUGGCGGUGGAGGUCAACUCGGUCAACGCUCAGUCGCUCAAUCCAGACAACCUCAUCAACAACAUCAUCGUCGACUGCAUCUUUGCUGACGGCGCUGGUGCGUUCAUCCUGGGUGCGAAGCCUCGAGAGGGCGAGAAGGCGGUGUUUGAGGUGCACAGGCACGGCACCACGUACAUCCCGGACAGCGAGGAUGUGAUCACAGCCAACGUGGUGUGCCAUGGGCUCGACGUGGGGCUCAAGAAGAACCUCCCCGAGCUGGUGGGGAACAACGUGAACCCCUUUGUGCGCAGCCUGGUGGGCAACCUGAGCUACAGUGACAUGCUGUGGGCCGUGCACCCGGGCGGCAAGUCCAUUGUGGACAUGACUCAGCGGGGGUGCGGGCUCAAGUCCAAGCAGGUCCAAGUCAGCAGGGAUAUUCUGCGGGAGUAUGCGAACAUGGCAUCAUGCACCAUCAUGUUUGUACUAGAUAAAGUGCGACGUGAUAACCGCCAAAAGGAGGGUGACAAGUGGACGCUGGCGCUGGCCUUUGGCCCUGGAGUGUCAGUGGAGGGUACACUCCUGCGACUGGUUGACCCUAGGACUGAGUAG